AUGAAAACACCUGCCAGGAGGAAGCCCAUCCUGCUGCUGCUGGCUGCUAUGACCCUCAUCUCCUGCCCAGCCUGGACUUCAGCCUGGGGAUCACCUGCCACCUUUGGGCCUGUCUUUGAAGAGCAGCCCCUUGGCCUGCUGUUCCCAGAGGAGUCCACAGAGGAGCAGGUAAUGCUGGCAUGCCGUGCCCGGGCCAGCCCUCCAGCCAGCUACAGGUGGAAGAUGAAUGGCACAGAGAUGAAGCUGGAGCCAGGCUCUCGUCACCAGCUGGUGGGGGGCAACUUGGUCAUCAUGAAGCCCACCAAGGCCCAGGACGCUGGCGUCUACCAGUGCUUGGCUUCCAACCCAGUGGGCACUGUUGUGAGCAGGGAGGCCGUGCUGCGCUUCGGCUUCCUACAGGAGUUCUCCAAGGAAGAGCGGGACCCGGUGAAGACACACGAGGGCUGGGGGGUGAUGUUGCCCUGUAACCCACCUGCCCACUAUCCAGGCUUGUCCUACCGCUGGCUCCUCAACGAGUUCCCCAACUUCAUCCCAACGGACGGGCGUCAUUUCGUGUCACAGACCACAGGGAACCUCUACAUUGCCCGCACCAAUGCCUCCGACCUGGGCAACUACUCCUGCCUGGCCACCAGCCACAUGGACUUCUCCACCAAGAGUGUCUUCAGCAAGUUUGCACAGCUGAACCUAGCAGCUGAAGAUCCCAGGCUCUUUGCACCCAGCAUCAAAGCCCGAUUCCCUGCAGAAACCUAUGCACUGGCUGGGCAGCAGGUGACCCUGGAAUGCUUCGCCUUCGGCAACCCUGUCCCCAGGAUCAAGUGGCGCAAAGUGGAUGGUUCCCUGUCCCCACAGUGGGCCACCGCCGAGCCCACCCUGCAGAUCCCCAGCAUCAGCUUUGAGGACGAGGGCACCUACGAGUGUGAGGCGGAGAACUCCAAGGGCCGUGACACUGUUCAAGGGCGCAUCAUUGUGCAGGCUCAGCCCGAGUGGCUCAAGGUGAUCUCAGACACGGAGGCUGACAUUGGCUCUAACCUGCGUUGGGGCUGCGCAGCUGCUGGGAAGCCCCGGCCUACAGUGCGCUGGCUACGCAACGGGGAGCCCCUGGCUUCCCAGAACCGGCUGGAGGUGUCAGCCGGGGACCUGCGCUUCUCCAAGCUGAGCCUAGAGGACUCUGGCAUGUACCAGUGUGUGGCAGAGAAUAAGCAUGGCACCAUCUACGCUAGCGCCGAGCUGGCUGUGCAAGCACUGGCCCCUGAUUUCCGGCAGAAUCCCGUCAGACGGCUGAUCCCUGCAGCCCGGGGUGGUGAGAUCACCAUCCCCUGUCAGCCCCGAGCUGCCCCCAAGGCUGUGGUGCUGUGGAGCAAAGGCACCGAGAUGUUGGCCAAUAGCAGCAGAGUAACCGUGACUCCAGAUGGCACCCUUAUCAUCAGAAAUAUCAGCAGGUCAGAUGAGGGCAAAUACACCUGCUUUGCGGAGAAUUUCAUGGGCAAAGCCAACAGUACUGGAAUCCUGUCUGUGCGUGAUGCAACCAAGAUCACUCUAGCUCCAUCCAGUGCUGACAUCAACCUGGGGGACAAUCUGACCCUCCAGUGCCACGCCUCCCAUGACCCCACCAUGGACCUCACGUUCAUCUGGACCCUGGACGACUUCCCCAUCGACUUCGAUAAACCUGGGGGUCACUACCGGAGGGCCAGCAUGAAGGAAACUGUCGGGGAUCUGACCAUCCUGAAUGCCCAGCUGCGCCACGGCGGCAAGUAUACAUGCAUGGCCCAGACAGUGGUGGACAGCGCAUCCAAGGAGGCCACGGUCCUAGUCCGAGGUCCGCCAGGUCCCCCAGGGGGCGUGGUGGUGAGGGACAUCACCGACACCACCGUCCAGCUCAGCUGGAGCCGUGGCUUUGACAACCACAGUCCCAUCGCCAAGUACACCCUCCAGGCGCGCACUCCGCCCGCAGGAAAGUGGAAGCAGGUUCGGACCAAUCCUGCAAACAUCGAGGGCAAUGCUGAGACCGCCCAGGUGCUAGGCCUCACCCCGUGGAUGGACUAUGAGUUCCGGGUCUUAGCCAGCAACAUCCUGGGCACCGGAAAGCCCAGUGGGCCCUCCAGCAGAAUCCGGACCAAGGAAGCAGCCCCCUCGGUGGCACCCUCAGGACUCAGCGGAGGUGGUGGAGCCCCCGGGGAGCUCAUCAUCAGCUGGACGCCCAUGUCACGGGAGUACCAGAACGGAGACGGCUUCGGCUACCUGCUGUCCUUCCGCAGGCAAGGCAGCACCGGCUGGCAGACGGCCCGGGUGUCUGGCGCCGACGCCCAGUACUUUGUCUACAACAAUGGGAGCAUCCAGCCCUACACGCCCUUUGAGGUCAAGAUCCGCAGCUACAAUAAUCGCGGGGACGGCCCUGAGAGCCUCAUGGCACUUGUGUACUCAGCGGAGGAAGAGCCCAGGGUGGUGCCUACCAAAGUCUGGGCCAAGGGAGUCUCGUCUUCAGAGAUGAACGUGACCUGGGAACCUGUGCAGCAGGACGCGAAUGGUAUCCUGCAAGGGUAUGAGAUUCGAUAUUGGAAAGUUGGGGACAAAGAAGCAGCUGCUGACCGAGUGAGGACUGCAGGACUGGACACUAGCGCCCUGGUCACUGGCCUGCACCCCAACACCAAGUACCACGUGACCGUGCGGGCCUAUAACCGGGCUGGCACUGGCCCUGCCAGCCCUUCUGCCAAUGCCACUACCAUGAAACCUCCUCCACAGCGCCCUCCUGGCAACAUCUCCUGGACUUUCUCAAGCUCCAGUCUGAGCAUUAAAUGGGACCCCGUGAUACCCCUGCGAAAUGAGUCUGCAAUCACUGGCUACAAGAUGCUGUACCAGAAUGACCUGCACCCAAUGCCCACACUCCAUCUCACUGUCAAGAACUGGAUAGAAAUCCCACUGCCUGAGGACAUCGGUCAUGCCCUGGUGCAGAUUCGGACCACGGGACCAGGAGGGGAUGGCAUCCCAGCAGAAGUCCACAUCGUGAGGAAUGGAGGUACGAGCAUGAUGGUGGAGAACUCGGCUGUGCAUCCAGCCCCACACCCCGGCACCCUUCUCUCCCGCUCUGUGGUGAUGCUGAUGCUCUUAGGCUGCCUGGAACUCUGACAUCAGUGCCCACCUUCUGCGCUGGAGUUGAGCACCCACCUCCAACAGACUCAGCCGCUGGCCCAGGUUCUUUCCCCGGUGCCAAGCGGGUCCAACACUGUGCCCAAGAGCUGUUGGCUUUCAAUCCCUACUUCAAACAGUGCCCUUUU